ACUAGUGUGUGUGUUUAACGUUAUCCGCUAGUUUUUCUCCCCUCUGGGACUCAUCAUCUUUCCUUUCAAUUUCUACUAUUAAAACCUUUUCCCUCUCCCUUUUUUUCUUUCAAAUUUUCCCCCUUCCCCGUUCUACAAAAAAAUAAACCCUAAUUUUCCUUAUUUUUUUUUUCUGUAUAAAUGGACGGUGGAGAAGGAGAGCAGUAUAAUUCCCGUACCGUUGAGGAAGUUUUUGGGGAUUUUAAGGGUCGACGUGCUGCUUUGAUUAAGGCUCUUACUACAGAUGUGGAAGAAUUUUAUCAGCAGUGUGAUCCUGAAAAGGAAAACUUGUGCUUGUAUGGGCUCCCAAAUGAACAAUGGGAGGUCAAUCUGCCUGCUGAAGAAGUACCACCAGAGCUCCCCGAGCCUGCUCUUGGUAUUAACUUUGCUAGAGAUGGGAUGCAAGAAAAGGACUGGCUAUCCUUAGUUGCUGUCCAUAGUGAUUCUUGGUUGCUUUCUGUUGCCUUCUAUUUUGGUGCUAGAUUUGGAUUUGAAAAGGCCAGCAGGAAGAGGCUCUUCAAUAUGAUCAAUGAUCUGCCUACAAUAUAUGAAGUAGUGACUGGUGCUGUAAAGAAACAACAGAAAGAAAAAUCUUCCAGCCACAGUGGCAAAAAGUCCAAGUCAAAUUCCAAGGCGAGGGCACCAGAUUAUCAGGAGAAGCUUACAAAGAUGCAGCCUAAAGAUGAAGAGGAGGGCUUGGAUGAGCAGGACGAGGAUGAGCAUGGCGAGACACUGUGUGGUGCUUGUGGAGAGAAUUAUGCGGCAGAUGAAUUCUGGAUUUGCUGUGACAUAUGUGAAAAGUGGUUCCACGGCAAGUGUGUGAAGAUUACCCCUGCCAGGGCUGAGCAUAUUAAGCAGUACAAGUGUCCAUCUUGUAGCAACAAGAGAGCUCGAGUUGACUUAUAGAAUCGGAUGAAGUAGCAUCUUCUGUUGGUCAGGUUAUUCAGGCCGUUUGGCUCUAACUCGUGGAAGUUUAGUGGCGCUGUGGUUCAUCUUUGUAUACUGUUUUCUGUUUGCUCUAGCAUGCAGCAGAUGAAUAGGGUUCUACUAUUGGUUUAGUUCUAAAUAGUCUUAAAUUAGCAAAAAAAGGUCCAUACUGUUAUUUUAAUUUUAAACAGUUAAAUGUGUCUUGUUUUUGUAGGAUUAAGUCUUAUUAAUGUGACCUAUUGAGUUCCCACCAA